AUGCCACCGCCGCCUCUCCCUUCAUCCCGUCCCAACGGCCGCAUUCCUUCUCUCAACCAGUUCCCGGCUCCCAACUCGGCGCAGCGUGCCCGCGGCCCGGCUCCCAAUCGAGGCCCUUCAGCAUCCUCCUCCGGCCUCGCCCCUCCUCCGACGCUCUCCGCCAAACCCUCCAAGCCCAGCCGCCAAGUCGUCCUAACGCCCGGCCACUCUCCGCUGGACUGGGCCAGGAUAUCUGGUCCCAGCGCCGACCUGCGCGGCGUGGAGUCUUCGACUCCCUAUUUGCGCGUGACGCCGUCGAUGCUCAAGGUGCAGACAGGGCGCAAGGGCAAGGAUGCGUGGAUGGCUAUCAACGGGAAAGUGUACAACGUCACGCCGUAUGCCAAAUUUCAUCCUGGAGGCGUGCCAGAGCUGAUGAGGGGUGCGGGACGGGAUGGCAGCAAGUUGUUUGGGGAGAUUCAUCCAUGGGUCAACUAUGAGACUAUGCUGGCAGCGUGUCUUGUGGGACUGCUGGUUGAUGAGACGGACGGCAAGGAGGGUGAAAUGGACAAGAUGGAUUAG